AUGCAGCUUCGCCAUAUGGUCCAGUCUUACAUGGAUAAGUGUGUGGCCUACCCUAAAGAGCGCUGGUCGGCUUUUGGAAUAGCUACUCUUCUUUUCCUCUUUCGGGUGGUUAAGACUGGUGGUUAUAGAUUGGUUACUUAUUGUUUGUUUCUCUAUUUAUUGCACUGUUUUAUUGGGUUCUGUACUCCGGUAGAUAGUGAUAUUCCCGACCCCUUUGAUAUUGAAGAUGCUUCGGCUGUAGUUGAAAGUCCUUUGCGAAGGAGUGGUGAUGAGUCUAAGCCUUUUAUUAGACGGUUGCCUGAGUUUGAUUACUGGCUUUUAUCAAUGCAGUCGGUGGUUGGUGCUUUUGUGGCUACUUUUAUUCCUUUCUUUAACAUUCCGGUGUACACUCCUAUUCUAGUGAUCUACUUUGUUGGUCUGUUAUACUUAACAGUGGUAAAGAUAAGACAGCAUAUGGAGAAAUACAAGUACAAUCCCUUCUUUAAUGCUAAGAAGAUAUAUAAAGGACUGGUUCAAACGAAAUAA